AUGUCACCACGAAAGCUUCUGGUAUGCUCGAUCGGCAACCCCGGCAGCGCAUACCGCAACACGCGGCACUCCGCCGGGCACAGCAUUCUCGAGCUGUUACAGAGCUCACUCUCAUUCCCUCCACUCUCUUCAGAGCGACAAUUCUCUGGCGGGCUGGUGUCGCGGCCGCUCUACGAUUCCACCACGAGCCCCUACACGCUUUUCCAGUCGCAAUCGUACAUGAACCUCUCCGGGAAGCCGGUCAAGUCCGCGUGGCAGACGUUUCUGAAGGAGUUGCUGCCCGACGAGCAGGAAAGGGCGCUGCUAGUUGUCCUCCAUGAUGAGCUCGAGAAGCCGCUCGGUCAGGUUAAGCUCAAGAAGACGGGCAGCCCCCAGGGCCAUAAUGGCAUCACGUCGAUUAUUGCCACGUUGAAUACUAAGGAUUUCAUGCGGCUAGGUGUGGGCAUUGGCAGGCCGGAGAGUAGGGAUAGCGAUACCGUUGCGAAAUAUGUUCUGGGGAAGUUCACAUCUUACGAACGGGACGUGUUGGAGAAGCAGAGCUUGGAUAAGGUUGUGGUGCAUCUGAAGCAGUUAUCAAAGCUCCCAUAACCGAUGCAUACCCGUUUUGUGCGAAUCAUUUGCAUGUACAUUAUAUAUCCUUGGAUUAGAGGGCAUGAACAGGCGUUGGGGUUAAUUCAGUCG